GAGAGAGAGAUGCUGUUGCCUGGGAACAGCAGCCACAUAGAGGACGACAGAAAACAACUGCAGGAUUAUCCAGAAGAGUAAAGGAUACGGAGACCAAAGCUCAUUUCCCCCAAGUUACUGUAGGAACAAUUACACUGGUGCCGUGGAGGAUUUUGUUUAAAAGGAAACGAUUUGGAACUGAUAAAAUUUGUGAGGUUGUGCAUGAAUACACAUGAGGACAAAAAUGGAAGCUAAAGGGAAAGACCAUGGUGCCAGAGCAGAUGCAUUUUCAUUAAAGGAAUUUUGUGUCUUGGUGGGUUGAGAAGCGGGCUGUGGGCUCAUUCGUCACGGCCAAUCUCUCUCCAACAAAGGUGGCCGGAGCAGGAGGAGAGGAGGGGUGAUCCACAACAGAGGUCUCCCCUGUCUUCAGACACCUGCUGCCUGCUAGUUGCUGACACUUGGGACACUGUAGGACUGUGUCUACUUUGCAUGAGUGUAUAUGCAUAUAAAUUAAUGAAAGACAGACUGACCCAUGCUUCUCAGUUGAUAUGGGAGAUUCUUGCCUGAAAUCCUUGCAUCUGUGACCAAGGAGGAAAAAGACACUCAGACAUAGACCUGAGGGAGAUUUGGAUCUCUCACCGUUCACAUCCGUGUUCUUCCCUCUGAGGGAUGGGCACAACAGAAGCAACUCUACGAAUGGAGCACAUGGAAGUAAAAGACGAGUGGCAGGAUGAAGACUUCCCCAGACCUCUCCCUGAGUACGAAGAUAUGGACCCCUCCUGUGGACUCACAGACAACAGAGUCUCUCCUCCUAAUUCCUUACACAUGAGCCCACCUGGAGGAGGAGGUGGCGUGGGUUCGUCUCACCGCAAACGCCGCACCCUGGUGGCCCCUGAGAUGAAUCUGUCCUUGGAUCAAAGUGAAGGUUCUCUGCUGUCAGAUGAUUUCCUGGACACCCCAGACGACCUGGACAUCAAUGUGGAUGACAUUGAUACACCAGAUGAGACAGAUUCACUGGAGUUUAUAACCAACGGCAAUGACCUGGAGUGGGAAGAUGACACGCCAGUGGCUUCAGCCAAGGCGGGUCCGGGUGGAGGCUCCGGAGCGCCGGUUGAGGAUGGGAACGCAAACAAUGGGCGACUGUGGAGAACUGUGAUUAUCGGAGAGCAGGAGCACCGUAUCGAUAUGCAGAUCAUCAAACCGUACCUCCGGGUCAUCACACAUGGAGGUUAUUAUGGAGAAGGCCUGAAUGCCAUCAUUGUUUUCUCUGCUUGUUACCUGCCUGCCAGCAGCUGUCCAGACUACCACUACAUCAUGGAAAACCUCUUUCUAUAUGUGGUCAGCAGUCUUGAGAUGCUGGUGGCUGAAGACUACUUGAUCAUUUACAUGAAUGGAGCCACCCCUCGGAGUAAGAUGCCUGGAAUCAGCUGGCUGAAAAAAUGCUACCAAAUGAUUGACAGAAGGUUGAGGAAGAACCUCAAGUCUCUGGUUAUCGCUCAUCCUACAUGGUUUAUACGCACAGUUUUGGCGAUAUCCAGGCCUUUCAUCAGUGUGAAGUUCAUGAAUAAGAUCCAGUACGUCCACAAUUUGGAUGAACUUGCAGAGAUUGUUCCCAUGGAGCACGUCCAUGUUCCCGAGUGUGUGAUGCAAUAUGACGAAGAAAGGAUUAAAGCCCGGAGAGAAAGGAUGGAGCAGGAGCGGCGACAGCAAGAGCAGCAGUCAGUCCCACAGGGGCCAAUUAAAAACUCUGUGAGGCCAAAAUCAAUGAUUGUGGAGCAAUGAUUAUGAGAAGGACAAGACUUUGAAUGUGCAGGGGGUGACAGAGAGAGACAUCUAGCAAGUCGACACUUCUUCCCUUAUUAUAACCAGCUGAUUUGAUUCAUGUUGUUCCCCAGUCAACAGGAGAACAACUCAGUCAUAUGAUAUUCAAAGUGGGAUACUCUCCCAGCUUGAAAAUGUACAAGUGGCUGUUCUGUUGCAGAAGCUGUUUUCAUUGGAAGUUGUUGCUGCCUGUUACAGGACCUGAUUUGGGAUUCAUAUUGAAUUGUUGGACCAUGAUGAGGCAUUUAAUUGACUUUGUUAUUUUUUCAGUGAUGUAAUUUAUGUUAAGAAAGAUUAGCACUCUGUCUGAUUUGAUAAUAAAGCAUAAAUCAGAGUAACUGAAAAAAUGCACUUCUUAAAGCUCAAAAUGUAGAGUGCAUCUACAACUUUAGUGGCAAAAAUAUGAACAUUUUUAAGAUGCAACAUGUUGGGAGGAGAGAUUUUAUGUGAGAGCACCACUGAAACAAACUGUUCUCUCUUGCUGCAGGUUUUUGAAGAUUUAAUUGUGUCAGAUGUAGCAAAGUGAAAGAUGCCUUCAUCUCUCUUUCUUCUUACCUCAUAGCUGCUGUAUCUUUAAGGCUUUUCCAAGCUCUGUCUUAAUUGUUCUGGUAUUUUUAAAAGGUCCAAACAUACUAACAUUUCUUUACGUCAGUCUUUUAUCUUUCUGGCCUCAGUUGCUAAUGUGAACUAUUACUUGUACUGUAUCGUGUACUAUCAUGUGCCUGCAUUGUACUGAUAACUACACAUCUGCAUUUUCAAAUCUAGAAUACCCACAUUUGAAAAAGAUCUAUAAGACAAAUUAACAGUACCGUAGUUAGUUUGUAGGUGAGAGCAAAUUGCAGUCAGCAGGCAGGCCAACCUUUAAGUAAAAUUUUCAUUUUGCUUCCUUCCACAUUCAUGUUUUUAUAGACUGAACAGAUACUAACACAAUACAUGCAGAGAUUCCACUUUAGAUUGGACAUGGGAAAUAAAAUACAUCAAAUUUCUCUCUAAUGCAUUUCUUUUAAGAUGUUAGUUUUCUGCUUAGACUUCAAAACUCUAUGUUGCAAAAAGUAUUUGCUCACCUCCAUUUGCAGACAUUUGAAAUUGUCUUCCUAUUCCUAAUACAUAGGCUAUAAAAGGAUUUCAGAGCACCCUUUACAUCUGUAGCAGCUUCGGAUCAUCUGUAAAGACUUUACAUAAGGUUUAGGUAUAGUUUUAUGGUAUUUUAGACCAUUCUUCCAAUAUUGCAUUACUGAGGUCAGAUACCUGGCUUAAUUCAUAUCAGAGCUGUUCUGGUGGAUUGAGUUGAUUCAUAAAUCAAGAACACGGGUCUUCAGUGCUCUAGUCCAGUGUUGGCUUGCUUCACACCACCACUACUGAGGUUUUUAAUCAUCUUUGGUUCUGUAACACAUGGGUGCAGCUGCUUGUUCAUGGAGACCCACUUCACAAAGCUCUCUAGUUUAUGAGCUAAUCUUUAGGCCACAUGAUAUUUGGAGGUCUGUGGUGACUGUCUCUGCAGAAACUAUGAACUUCAGCGUCUGCUAUCCCCUCUCUUUGAUUACAAGACUUCCUACAUCAUGGCCAUUUUUGUACACCAAUAACAGCUGACUGGUGAGUAUUUAGUAGAGAGAAAAUAUCACACUCUGAUUGACUGUAUGCCUUGCAGUGACCUAUUCUUUCACAAAUGUUGAAAGAAGCAGUCUGCAGGCUUGGGUCCGGGAUUGUGUUCACCUGUAGCUGUAAAAGUGGCUGAAUCACCCAACUGCCAGGAUUUGAUGGGGUGAGCAAACUCUGUUUGCAAUAUUUAGUAUUUUUAUUUAAUCUUAGAUAAGUAUGAUUUAUGCAGCUUGGAUUUUGCCCAUUUGGAGAGUAUCAACUUCAACUUGUUUUUAUAAAAAGCAGCAAUAUUGAAACAAGAUUAAACAACUAGAAAAUCCAUUUUGUUGUUAUGUUUUCUGUGUUUACAGUCUCUUGAAAUAGGGGACGAGAACAUUGCAACCACAUGCCCGGUAACGUUUGUGUUUUUGAUGUUGAUUUGCACUACUGCAUUUGGUUCCUUACAGGACAUUACUGUUUUAUGUUCAAUGACUGUUUUUAAUUGUGUUGUGAACUUAACCCAUGUAUAGAGGCAUGUUGCAUAAAGUAAACAGCUUUUAAAAAAAUCAGUGCACAUUCUGUUAACUUUUUUAACCAGGAAUUCUGCAUAAAAGGUUGAAUAUUCCUUUUUCUUUGUAUCAUGUUUUUACAUUGUUUCCAAAUAGGCUGGUUUUGUGGCUGAACGGAGUGCCUCUUGUUGAACUCGAAUGAAGUCUAAAUAGAUACCAGAAUGUAAAGUGAAGCAUUUUGUAUUUUCUUUUUUAUUUAUGAUGUACCAAUGCCAUGAGAAAAACUAGCAUAAACCUGCCCUAUAGUUCUUCUGAAAUAAAAAUCCAAAUUUUCACUGUAAAAGCACAACACAAACAUAAGUCUAUCAUUUUACUGUAAAUUGUUUGCUCAGAUUAAAAUGAUCAUGUGAACUCUCACUUGUCAUGGUCUAAAACUGGCUGUAAAUAUGGCAAAAAUAAAAAUAAAUCCCUCAA